UUACCACAGAUAGAUGCAUAAAAUAGUAUGGAGCCAGCUUCAGUUGAUUUAAAAAAAAGAAACAUGAAAGCUGGCGAAAAGAAAUUAUCAAAGGAGCAUAUUGGCUUUCCAGCAGACUUUAGACAUGUCAGCCAUGUUGGUUGGGAUCCUAACGGAGGCUUUGAAAUUAAUAAUAUUGACCCACAAUGGAAGAAAUUAUUUGGUGCAGUUGGUGUUACGGAAAAGCAACUUGAAGAUGAAGACAAUGCAGAGUUAGUCAGCAAGUUUGUGGAAUCUCAUGAUGGUUCAACAUAUUCAUCUUCAUUACCUGUAUGUGACAAUGGACAACCAUUAUUUGUUCCUACAAAAGCAGCAACACUGCCUUCUAAAUCAACAGGUUUUUUUGGUACAAAAUUUUCUUCUGCUCCUUCACCAUGCGAUGACACACAACCAUUACCUGCUUCUAGAAGUGUUACUCUGCCUACUAAACCAGUGAGAAGUGAUAUUACGCAUUAUAAAGCAGAAGCAACACUAUCUUAUAGCAAUUUUAAAAAAGGAAAAUCGAAAGUAGUAAAGAGACUUUCUAAGGAAGAUAUUGGUUUUGCAUCUGACUUUAGGCAUAUUGGUCAUGUAGGUUUUGAUAGUUCAUCUUACGCUCAAAGUGGUUUUGAAUCUAGCGAUGCUGAAAAUCCUAUUAAAGAACAGGAAGAACCUGAUCAAAAUUUAGAAUAUUCUGAUCCACUAAAAAACAAUGACCAGUAUUUGACAUCUCCUCAAAGUUGGACAGUUGAAGAUGUUUGUACAUGGUUGCGCUCUAUAGCAUUAGAUGACUAUGUUGAGGUGUUCACUACUAAUGCCAUUGAUGGAACAGAGCUAAUGUGUCUAAAUGAUGAUAGUCUUUCCAAUAGUUUAAAUAUUUCACCUCUUGGCCAUCGAAAUAAAAUAAUAAGGGAGAUAAACCAGCUAAAACAACUGAGCUAUUAUAAUGAUGACAUAGUUGGCUGUAACAAUGAUAAUGAUGUGGUUCCUAGUGAUUUCUUAUGUCCUAUAACCAUGGAAAUAAUGGUAGAUCCAGUUAUUGCUGCAGAUGGUUUCACUUAUGAAAAAAAAUCAAUCAUGUCGUGGUUGUCAUCUGGAAAAUUAACAAGUCCUAUGACAAACAUUCCUUUGUCUCAUACGGAGUUAGUCCCAAAUCAGUCGUUAAAAAACGUAAUUGAAAAGUUUUUUGGACCUUGAAGAAGAAAUAAACAUUAGAAUUCAAAAUAUAUUAUAAUAAAUUUAUUAUAUUUCAAAGUAACAAAUUUUAUAUAGAAUAAUUAUAAAUAAUAUCUUGUUAUUAUUUAUAUAAUUACUUAAUAAAGAUUUUUAUUUUGAGAACGAGUUUUGUAUUUCGAAGAGAAAGCUCAUAUUUUUAGAACAAGUUUUGUAUUUCGAAGAGAAAACUUAUAUUUUCAGAACGAGUUUUGUAUUUCGAAGAGAAAACUUAUAUUUUCAGAACGAGUUUUGUAUUUCGAAGAGAAAACUUAUAUUUUCAGAACGAGUUUUAUAUUUUAAAAAAGACAUUUUUAGAACUUAUAUAAAAGUUUUUAAG